AUGGAUCCAGAGUUACAAGCUAUUAGAGAAGCCAGAUUGGCUCAGUUGAAAAGCAACGGUGGGGGCGCUAAUAGCGAUAGAAAUAGCGGUGCUAAUAAUGGUGGAGGUGAAAAUUCUGCUCCCGUUGGUGCAGCUAUAGCAAAUUUCUUGGAGCCACAAGCUUUAGAAAGAUUGUCUCGAGUGGCCUUGGUUCGUAGAGACAGGGCCCAAGCGGUAGAGACGUAUUUAAAGAAACUGAUUGCUACAAACAAUGUCACGCAUAAAAUCACUGAAGCUGAAAUUGUUUCAAUCUUGAACGGUAUCGCCAAGCAACAAAAUUCACAGAGUAACAGUAAGAUCAUCUUCGAACGGAAAGAUUUCAGUGAGGACUUGAAUUCAUUUGACAAGCAGAAUGCCAAAAAAGAUGACGACGAAGAUGACGACGACUUCUUUGAUUAG